ACGGUGCUAUCAUAAGGCUGACAUUUCUUGUGAGCUCCCUGAGAGGGAGCAUCAAACAUAGGACACUGAAAUGCGCACUGCUCCUGCUCAGCUCCAAGCAGAGAUGAAGUCAAGCUGCAAAGGAAACAUCUUGGCGAUGCCUGCUGCUGCUUCUUCUCCCUCAGACACUUAAAAAACAAGCGCAUUCUUGCCUGCCGGAACAUCUUGUCCUCUUCGAGUCCUCGACGAGUCCUCAAGAGCGACUUGACUUGUGCCAAGUUGGAGAAAUAAGUUUGGAAAAGACCGGCAGAUGACGAGCACGAGCAGUGGAGACGCGCGUGCGUGCGCAGGAAAAGAACAUGCAAACGAAGCAAAAAGCAAAGAGGACUUCGACCUGGCGUCUGUUUACGUUUCGGAUGCUCAAUACAACAGGAACAUCUUCUUCGACACAUCGCCGCAGGCCGUCAGGUUGUAUCUGCUGUACAACCACAGACUUCCUCAGGUCCUCAUCUACUUCUUCAUCCUGCUCCAUUUGUCCCUGGCAAUCUGCGAGGAUCCCGCUGUCCUGCCCCUGCCGCCAUGGGCGACCAUGUUGGUGGAGUUGCUGUGUGUGCACAUCUUCGCACUGCGACUCGUGCACUACGCCAAAGUGAUCCCGCGUGACAAGUUCUGGAAGGACCCCAAAAACAUCUGCAUGAUCGUCAUCUUGGCGCUAACACUGGUGGACAUGAUCAUUUACGGUGCCCUGCAUGCGGCCGGCUGCUACGCCGUCCGCUGGUCACGAGUCUUGCGGCCGCUCCUGUUGGUCAACGUGACAGAGGGGCGACAGCUGCGUCGAGCAUUUCGCAGCAUCCGGAACGCUCUCCCUCAGAUUUUGUACGUCUUCCUGCUCUUCAUCUUCAGCAUCCUCGUCUUCUCUCUGAUGGUGCUUAAACUCUUCAGCAAGCGAGGUUUGAGGACGGUGGACGGAGCGCCGUACUUCACUAACUACGUGGACGCCGUCUUUGACCUUUACGUGCUCGUCACCACCGCCAACAGCCCCGAUGUCAUGAUGCCGGCUUACAACGCGAGCUCGGCCUUCGCCAUUUUCUUCAUUGUUUACAUCCUGGUCAACACGUACAUCUUCAUGUCCGUCUUCCUGGCUGUCGUCUUCAACAACUACAAGAAGUAUCUUAAGGAGGAAGUACGGCAGCUGGUGCGUGCCAAGCGCCACAAGAUGGCACGGGCCUUCGCUGUGCUGCAGGAGCGGACGGGUGAGGGGGGAGAACCGCUGGUGAGCCGGGCCUGCUGGACCCGACUGAUCCGAUUGGUUCAGCCGGACAUCAGCCACGCCCACAUCGAGCUGCUGUGGAGCGUCACGGACGACAAGAACCGCGGUGCCAUCGACAAAAAAGCGUUCAUCCAGCUCGCCGACCUGCUCAACAUCGAAGUGAUUACACUCAAAUCCAGGCCACACCCACUUCUACGCCUGAGCCCCGCUGUCUACCUCUCAGCGCCCAGCCGCUUCCUCUGCAGACUGGUCCAGCACAGAGCGUUUGUGAUUACGUACGACAUCAUCAUCCUGGUGAACGCCGUUUUCAUCGGGCUGGACGAGGAGAGUCCCGUGAUCGCCAAUUCCGAGUGGGUCUUUCUAGCGCUGUACCUGCUGGAGAUCCUGCUCAAACUCUAUGUGUGUGAACCCAGAAGCUUCUUCUCCAGACACAACUUCUGGAACUGGUUUGACACCAUCAUUGUCGUCUGUGCUCUCAUCGCCACCAUCAUUAACUCCACCCUCAAGUCAUCGGGGGGGUACACCAGCCGUCAGAUCCUUGACAUCGUUUUCAUCCUGCGUGUCCUCCGACUCGUCCGAGUGGUGGACAGCAUCAAAAGGUUCCGCACAAUCAUCAACACGCUGAUCCGCAUCGGACCGGCGAUCCUCACCUUCGGCCAGCUCAUCCUGGUGGUGUACUACAUCUUCGCUAUGGUGGGGAUGGAGCUCUUCAAAGGGAAGGUGAAAUUCUACGAAGACGCGAGCGACCCGGCCAAGGCGUACUGUGGGAACCUUCUUCUCAAAGGAAGCACCUUCGCUCAACUCAACUACUGCAAGAACAACUUCAACAACGUGGUGUCGUCCUUCAUUCUGCUGCUGGAGCUCACCGUGGUCAACCAGUGGCAUGUGCUCAGCAGUGGAUUCGCCACUGUCACCCACGUGUCCGCCAGGAUCUACUUCGUCCUCUUCCACAUCGUGGUCGUCAUCAUCAUCAUCAACAUCUUCGUGGCCUUUGUCUUGGAAGCGUUCUUUGUGGAGUACUCUGUAGACAAGAGCGAUCUGCAAACAUCUUUGGAGAAGAAGAUUGAGGAACUCGAGCUGGGCGUGGCUCAAGAGACGGCGGAGGACAACUUGGUGAACUCCAUGGAGACGUGCGACAACGAGCAGACGGCUGAGCAAACGGAGAGCAGAAAACCCAACCUGAUGUUUAAAAUCGCCUCAAAAAGGUAUCGAACAGUGGACGCCUUGCUGCAGCGACUCUUUGAAGCCGACCUGGAGCAGGAAGAUGACGCCGACGCAGACGCCGACCCUCAAACCAACGGCAACUUCUCCAACCCGACUUUCAGCACUGCUUAGACCGCACUUCCUCGUCGAUAUUUCAAAGUUCGAACUCUUGUGGCAAACAUAAAAGUGACUGCUAAAGCGUCAAAGCAAUUAGGUAGUGACAGAGGCGCUUUUAUUUUUCCAUGAAGACUGAAUCCACUGUCCACUUCCUGUUCACCAAUAAACAGAUUUCUUUUUUUUUUUGCA